GUAAUCCACUCCAGCAGACCCUCUGCUCCUUUCCGUCACGUAGAUGUGUCCAUCUGCUCAAAUUUUGUUGUAGGGAAGGAAGAAGUGAUGAGGAUUUUCCAACGGUGCCACGCCAAAUACUCAGUGCACGAAGUCGGACAAUCGCUGAGUUUAUUAUGUUCAUUGUGGCUUUCGUUUUCGCCGAUUUGGCCAAAAUAAGCAAGUUCACCGACACACGACUCACGCCAAUGUCACUGUUUUUCAAUUUCUUCCGUAGGCCUACAAGUUUACCCGCGUGCGUAGUUGUGUGUUGCAUAAACAGUGACGUAGUUCCGCUCGUGUACCACUUUACCGUGGCCUUUUGUGCCUUCAAGUAGAUUUGAACGUAUGCAGUCGAUGAUACAAUUUUAGUGGAGGUUUUUCUGAUUUAUUUACCUGAAAUGGCGUCGGGUACACCAUGUUUAAGCAGAUGGGACCAACCCAAGUCCAAAGCUGCACCAUCAAGCACUGCUGCAGACUCCAGCAUGCCUCCUACACCUGGGAGUGCAGCCGGGGAGGAUGAGGCACCCCAGGGUGGGGUUGAGAUGGCUGCAGCUAUGGCUGCGAAGAUCAACGCAAUGCUUAUGGCUAAAGGGAAACUGAAACCGCUCGAACCUUUACCCAGUAAGACGGCUCCCGCCGCACCUGUCUCAAGUACCACAGAGGAGGUGGUGGUGACCGAAGUGGAUAUCAAUGAUGUGCCCAUAAACUGCAGAAAUCUGCUCACUAAAGGGAAAACUCAGGAAGAGAUUCGUCAGCACAGUGGAGCCGUGGUUUCAACAAAAGGCCUGUACAUGACCAACGCAGACAAGUCCACUGCUAAAGGGCAUAGACCUUUAUAUCUCCAUGUUCAAGGACGGAGUCAGGAGGAGGUCAACAAGGCUGUCCAGCGGAUAAAGGAGAUCAUCUCGGAGGAUCUGUUGCGUACGGCGGCGGCCUCGGGAGGCCAGCAGCGUCCAGUCAUGCCCAUGCUGCCUGUGUACCCGCAGCCCCCACGCCCUGCCGCCCCCCCACAGCUCCCCCGGCCCCAGAUGCCCCGGCAGCAGCACAACCACCACAACAACCAAAGGUCCUCCUCACAUCAUGGCGGACAUUCAGGGAAUUUCUGCCACACCAAGAUCUUUGUGGGCCUGGACCAGGCGCUGCCCUCGUUUAACGUGAACGAGAAGGUGGAAGGCCCGGGGGGCACAUAUCUGGGGCACAUCCAGACGGAGACUGGCGCACGCGUCUUCCUAAGGGGCAAAGGGUCCGGGUACAUCGAGCAGGCGUCACGGAGAGAGUCCUUCGAACCGCUCUAUGUCUACAUCAGCCACCCAAACCAGGUUGGAUUGGAAGCUGCUAAGAAGCUCACAGAGAGUCUACUGGAAACGGUCAGAGCGGAGCACACUAGAAUGGUGUCCAUUUACACAGCGACCGGAUCCACUCAACCAUACCCAGCACACGGAUACCCAGCUAAUAGCAAUUACAGUAGCCAGGGGUCCUGGUAUAACUACCCAGCAAAUGGGUUCCCGGGCUGCUAUUCUGCCUACCCAGGUGCCGCAGGUUACUGGGGUAGUGCAAAUGGUCAGCCCGGUCAUUCUAACCUGUCGACAACCCCUCAAUCUUCCCAGGCUAUGGUUCAGUAUCCUGUGUGUCCUAGGAAACCUCAUCCUUACCUAGUACAGGACCCAGCCACCAGCUCCAGCGAAGCCACCAGUAGCCCAUCAACCAGUCCACCAAGAACAGACAGCCCCAAGAGGCAGUUUGUUGAAGAGACCGAAACGGCAAAUGAGAAUGAGGCCGAAUCGAGCGGUGGUGGUGAUGAGAAGCAGGAGGACCAGUCAUCCCCUCCACCACCCCCACCAGGCUCCUCAGAUGGUGGCAAGACUGCUGAGAGGUUCUUGAUGCCCCCGCCUCCAAUGCCCCUGGCAUCUGCCCGGAAGAGACAGAGGGAAAGCCCACCACCCAAGGAGGAAGAGCAGCAGCCGCAGCAGCAGCAGCAGCCACCUCCAGCAACAGUGUCCCCUGUUGCAGGUCCGGUAGAGGCGGAGGUGAUUCCCAAGAAGGUCAAGCUGGUGGACGAUAGCACAGGGCUCGUGCCCUACGGAGGAGAGUCCUCCAGUGAGGAGGAUGAAAGGACGCGUAGUAGUAGUAAGGCGGCUAACUCCUAAACUCAGUACUACACCCCCCGAACUCCCCCAGACCCAACCUUACCCAACCCAACUCCCCCCGGACUCCUACCCCUGUCCCCUAACAAGGGCCUUGCUUACCACAGCAUCGCCUGGCCAAAGUUCAAGCACAUCCUAAAAGAAAACUUACCCGACCCACCCGUUCCUUAACCAUACGCUUACACAUGCAUACGUCCAUACAUUUGUGAGUCCAACAGGAAAAAGACUGCUACCUUUUUGCCAUUUAUGACAACUUUUUUUUUUUUUUUUUUUCCUGAAAAGGGUGAUUUUAACAAACACAUGCAGGAGGAGGACUGAAAGUGAAUGCCUGUGAUCUCUCUCCUGGUUUCUUAAUUGCUCGGCACCAGUAACUGAUGUAUGCUGUAAAUUUCAGUGAAAGACUUUUCUUCUUUGGAAAAAUGGUGCAAGUCUGUUCCCAUGGAAUACUGUAAUAAAAGUAUUUGAAUCAAUUUA